GAAAUCAGGUGUCGUCUCUAGUCAGUCGUCGCACCGACUCCCCGAGUUUUUUUUACAAAUUGUUUGAAUCUAAAUCGAAACAAUGUCCCAAUUCCGAUUCAAUGUCCGGCAGAUGGGAUUUGGCUCCGGUAAUACCGCCAGUCUGUGGAAGCGUGUCACCUUCCUGGUGGCCAUUCCGGCCAUUGUGUUGUGUGCAGUCAACGCCUUCUCCGGACACGAGCAUCAGGAACGUGAGCCCUUUACCAAGUACGAGUAUCUGCGGCGACGGACCAAGCGAUUCCCUUGGGGCGAUGGUGAUCGCAGCCUGUUCCACAAUUCUGACAAGAACGCCCUAUCCGAGGGCUACGAGGAUGAGACGCCACCGGCGGAAUAAUUUCUUAUCUUGAUUGCUUCCAACAACAAAACGUUACUGAAUACUGAACAACCGCAUCUUUGAAGACACUUGACCCUCACCAGGCAGAUCGUGGAGUCCCUCUACUGACAUUUAUUAUCCAUGGAUCUGAUCGACGGAUGAGCGAUUUUUAUGACCAACUGCAUGUGUUACUUUGCAAACAAUAAAUUAACCAUUGAGAUCUGAGUCA